AUGGCUAGCCACUCUUCCGCCGGUGCUGCGCGACAGCACAGUCGCAUUCUCUUUGUCAAGAACCUCAACUACAACACCACCGGUGCCGACUUGUAUCAGGUCUUUGGUCGAUACGGAGCCAUUCGUCAAGUACGACUCGGAGAUGGGACAGGCACGAAGGGCACAGCCUACGUCGUCUACGAGGAGAUGGCCGAUGCAAAGCGCGCACUCGACAACCUCAACGGAUUUCAUCUCAACGAACGCUACAUCGUCGUGCUGUACCACAUGCCCGCACGCUUGGCCGCAAAGGCCGACCUCGCAAGGAGAGAGGCUGAGCUGGCCGACCUCAAGGCACUUCACAAUAUCGUCGAUGAGGCAUGA